CGUGCAGGUCUUGCAGGUCGUGUGGUGGAAGAGGCGGUGGUGGCACGGCCGCUCUGCAUCAGUACUCCAUGUGACCCUCGCGAGGUUGCACGCAGGAGCCGCUCUCCCGCACGCUUUUUCAGUGAGUCCGCUGCCUCACGCCCCUCGUGAGUGUGAGGUGAAGGCAGGUCGUGUUCCUCGCGGCGUAUUAGUGUGCGUUUCGCCUGGUGUGGGAAAGGCCGAGGCGCUCUGGCUGGGCAUGACUUAGGCGAUGCUGACACUCGGCUGAGGGAGAAGCCGUGCUCUGGAGGCGCCGAGGAGGUGGUGUCGAACCCGGAUCCACAGCCGGGCUUCUCGUGGGGCUCCGGGGCCUCACCCGAGGGAGGUGGCGGGGAGGGACAUCGUCCACGAGACACGAAGGAGUGUAUCGGAAAAUAAUGGAUAAAACAUCACGGAAACCGCAGUGCUGUGCGUGAUGUCGAGGCCUGCUGGCGAGGCUCAUCUUGUCCGCCCGCAGACAGUGGUGUUGGAGUCGUAGCCAUCGGCACUGCCCACCUCUGUGUGUCUGUCGCGGCCCCACGAAACACGAGAGAUUUUAAAAAUGUCCCGCAGCUCAUAGCGUCCGCGCCCUACGAGCAUUCCUGGGGAAGGAGUCCGCUGAAAGGGGUUGCGGCAGUGUGGGGAACCCCGCUAUAGAGAACCCCCAGAGCCUAUGAUUUAUGAAAGGAAUCAAGCGUAAUUUCGUGCAUGUGAUGAACUGUCUCGUACUCUGUGCUUGCGAUGAUGUACACCGGGACAUGCAGCAGAGAUUGAUGCGAAGAACAAAUUAUGUUUUUUUGUGCAUGUGACCAUAGCCAGGGGCACCCGCACACCCACUAGGAGACACCGGGGAGAAUAAAUUGUACCUCACCAAUAUUAACCAAGCUCCAGGAGGAUGCUUCGCCGGCGCCUUGGGGUGGUGUUCACGGCCGCCCUCCUCACGCCCGCAUUCGUGCUCUUCUUCAUCUCCAGUCCGGACCUGAGCGGGGAACAGAUGCUCGUGCAGCGAGUGGCCGAGCUGCGAGAGCGUCUGCAACACGCCGAGAUGCUCAACCAGGAGAGGCUGCAGGAUGUCAUUGUCUUGUCGCAGAAAUUCAACGUCCUGACACAUGCCGGCGUGGCAACGUGACGGGGCCCCGGCUGUCCCAGGAGACCCGCGACCUCCUGGCCAACAUGAGCCAGAGCCCGGACCUGCACCUGCCGUCGGUCUACAGCUACCUGCCCCACCUGCUGCACACACCUGACGCCACCUCGCCCGCCUUCAAGCUGUCCCAGGGGCGCCACUCAGCGACAAUGGUGCUCGGAGUGCCGACGGUGAAGCGGCAAGUGCAGAGUUACCUUAUGACGACGCUGCGAAACCUGGUCGAUUCCAUGACGCAAGAGGAGAUGGAGGAAUGCAUCAUCGUGGUGUUCAUUGCGGAGUGGGAUAUUGACUACGUUCACCAAGUUGCCAGUCAGAUUGAGAGAAAGUUUCCAGAGCACCUUGGCAGUGGGUUGAUCGAGGUUAUUUCUCCGCCCAAGGCCUUUUAUCCGGAUAUGGAUAAGUUGGAACAAACCUUAGGAGACCCAAUGGAGAGAGUGAAAUGGAGAACCAAGCAGAACCUGGACUUUGCAUUCCUUAUGAUGUAUGCCCAGCCGAAGGGGACUUUCUACGUCCAGUUAGAAGAUGACAUUCAGACCAAGAAGGGCUACAUUGCGACCAUGAAGAAAUUUGCCCUGCAGAAGACGUCGGAGAAGAAAAACUGGUUUGUUCUGGACUUUUGUCAGCUUGGAUUUAUAGGCAAAGCAUUCAAGACCAUAGAUCUCUCUGCACUGGUGACAUUCUUACUAGUGUUCCACAAUGACAAGCCGUGUGACUGGCUUCUUGACCACCUUAUUCAGAACAAAGUUUGCCGAUUUGACCAACCUGCGAAACACUGCAAGAAAGCCAAGGAGAAUGUGUGGAUUCACUACAAACCAUCCUUAUUCCAACACAUCGGCACGCAUUCUUCACUAAAGGGCAAAGUACAGAAGCUUAAGGACAAGCAGUUUGGGAAAGUCCAGCUCUACUUCCCCCACGAGAACCCCAAAGCUGAGGUGGAGACGCAGAUCAAGCCAUACAAGACGUAUACAUUACAGAGAGCAUAUAAAGGGGAGUCCUACUUUUGGGGGUUGCUUCCUCAACAAGGGGACCUCCUACAGUUCACCUUCGAUCCUCCGGUUGUGAUCAAAGGGUUCCUCUUUCGUAGUGGGAAUGUUGAGCAUCCAUCCGACAGACUGUAUAACACAACAGUAGAGGUGCUUCCUGUACAGCCAUUUUCCAACAUCCCUGCCGUUGCUGCGAAAAAAUACAAAAUUACUGAAGAUAAAUAUAUGAUAGUCGGUGACUUUGAUGAUAUGGGUGUAGCAGAGGGGUUAAUAAAUGGAGAAUUAGGAGAAAUUAAAACAUUACGUCUACAUGUCCAUAUAGACAGUGACAAUUGGGCUAUACUUAGUGAGAUUCACAUAGAAACUCCGGAAAAGAGGUGACCAGACGCUCCAAUGGCCUUCACCUUCUGCGAGUGUCCAAGCAUCUCGUGCCAGCAGUGACCAAGGCUCCAUGUAUGUUUCCAAUGUGUAUGAAAGUGAUACAAAAAGACAAAUGGGUGAAAGUUUUUAAAAAUGGCCGGUAGCAUUCUUGUUGAUAUUUAUUACUGGUAAUCAGAUAUUUUCGUAUGAGAAGAACAAGAUAUAUUCCAUAUAUUGUGCUGAGGAACUUUUUUAUACAGAAUAUAUAUAUAUAUACAUGUACACACAUUUGUAGGCAUAUAUGUUGCAAAAAUAUAGAUUGACAGUGAUCUGUGUCUACGGUCCUUAUCAGAGAGGGUAUAG